CCCGCCCCUCGCCGUGAGGAGGAGGAGGUGGAGGAGGAGGCGGCUGGGAGAGAUCGAGCAGCGAGCUGGAGCGCGGAGCGUGAGUGAGGGAGCCUAGCCGCCUGCCCGCCCGCCCGCCACCGCCGCCGCCGCCUCUCCUCCGUAAGCAGGAGCCCGGGCCGGGGCCCGGCACGCCGCCCGCCCCCCACCACAGCCCCUCCCUCGUCGUCAGGCCGCGAGGGCAGCGCGCGCGAGCCCAGGGGGAGGGACAGCGAGCGAGCGAAAGAGCGCCGGGAGGAGGCGGCCGGACCGAGCGAGCGCCCGCGCGUGUGGCGUGAGGGGAAGCCGCUGCCCGCCCCCCCCUUCGCCUUCCCUUCUUUCCCCCUCCCCGCUCCCCCCCCGACCGCGGAGCAGCACCAUGUCGGCGCCGGCGGCCAAAGUCAGUAAAAAGGAGCUCAACUCCAACCACGACGGGGCCGACGAGACCUCAGAAAAAGAACAGCAAGAAGCAAUUGAACAUAUUGAUGAAGUACAAAAUGAAAUAGACAGACUUAAUGAACAAGCCAGUGAGGAGAUUUUGAAAGUAGAACAGAAAUAUAACAAACUCCGCCAACCAUUUUUUCAGAAGAGGUCAGAAUUGAUCGCCAAAAUCCCAAAUUUUUGGGUAACAACAUUUGUUAACCAUCCACAAGUGUCUGCACUGCUUGGGGAGGAGGAUGAAGAGGCGCUGCAUUAUUUGACAAGAGUUGAAGUGACAGAAUUUGAAGACAUUAAAUCAGGUUACAGAAUAGAUUUUUAUUUUGAUGAAAACCCUUACUUCGAAAAUAAAAUUCUCUCCAAAGAAUUUCAUCUGAAUGAGAGUGGUGAUCCAUCUUCAAAGUCCACUGAAAUCAAAUGGAAAUCUGGAAAGGAUUUGACGAAACGAUCAAGUCAAACACAGAAUAAAGCCAGCAGGAAGAGACAGCAUGAGGAACCAGAAAGCUUCUUCACCUGGUUUACUGAUCAUUCUGAUGCAGGUGCAGAUGAGUUAGGAGAGGUCAUCAAAGAUGAUAUUUGGCCAAAUCCAUUACAGUACUACUUGGUUCCUGACAUGGAUGAUGAGGAAGGGGAAGGAGAAGAGGAUGACGACGACGACGAAGAGGAAGAAGGAUUGGAAGACAUUGAUGAAGAAGGGGAUGAGGAUGAAGGUGAAGAAGAUGAAGAUGAUGAUGAGGGGGAGGAAGGAGAGGAAGAUGAAGGAGAAGAUGACUAAUGGAACACUGAUGGAUUCCAACCUUUUUUAAUUUUCUCCAGUCCCUGGGAGCAAGUUGCAGUCUUUUUUUUUUUUUUUUUUUUUUCCUCCUCUUGUGCUCAGUCGCCCUGUUUUUGAGGUCUCUUUUCUCCUUUAUACCAUGGUUCACAACUUAUUUGGGGGGGAAAUACCUUGAGCAGAAUUCAGUGGGACAAGAAUCUCUACCCCUUUCUGUUCCAAAUUCAUUUUUAUCCCUUCCUGUCUCAACAAAAACUAUGGAAUCAACACCACCAUGCUCUGUGGGAAAAAAAGAAAAACCUUCUGCUCCCUUAGCUCUGCUGGAAGCUGGAGGGUGCUAGGCCCCUGUGUAGUAGUGCAUAGAAUUCUAGCUUUUUUCCUCCUUUCUCUGUAUAUUGGGCUCAGAGAUUACACUGUGUCUCUAUGUGAAUAUGGACAGUUAGCAUUUACCAACAUGUAUCUGUCUACUUUCUCUUGUUUAAAAAAAGAAAAAAAAAAAACUUAAAAAAAUGGGGUUAUAGAAGGUCAGCAGAGGGUGGGUUUGAGAUGUUUGGGUGGGUUAAGUGGGCAUUUUGACAACAUGGCUUCUCCUUUGGCAUGUUUAAUUGUGAUGUUUAACGGACAUCCUUGCAGUUUAAGAUGACACUUUUAAAAUAAAAUUCUCUCCUAAUGAUGACUUGAGCCCUGCCACUCGAUGGGAGAAUCAGCAGAACCUGUAGGAUCUUAUUUGCAAUUGACAUUCUCUAUUGUAAUUUUGUUCCUGUUUAUUUUUAAAUUUUUCUUUUUGUUUCACUGGAAAGGAAAGAUGAUGCUCAGUUUUAAACGUUAAAAGUGUACAAGUUGCUUUGUUACAAUAAAACUAAAUGUGUACACAAA